UCAUUUGCAUACGUGUCACAUGACCUCCAUCUGCUCGCCACCAUCUUGGUUCCUGAUUCUGCUGCCACUGAGGUGUCCAAGAUACACCACAGUUCGCAAGUUUUCCCUGCCGUUUUCCUGACCUCCCGCCUCUCGGUUUGGUAGACCUGAAGAUGUCGAACGGCGGAGGGUCGUACAACGCCCAGAACGACAGCCGGGCGGGCUCCACGGGCGAGCCGGACAUGGGCACCGAGCCCACCGGUGGCUUCUUCUCGGCGGAUUACAAGAAGCAUGAUGACCUGAAGCAAAUGCUGGACAGCAACAAGGAUAACCUGAAGCUGGAAGCGAUGAAAAGGAUCGUCGGGAUGGUGGCAAAAGGCAAGGAUGCAUCAGACCUGUUUGCAGCUGUGGUAAAGAAUGUGGUGUCCAAGAAUAUUGAGGUGAAGAAGCUGGUGUAUGUGUACCUGGUGAGGUAUGCUGAGGAGCAGCAGGACCUGGCACUGUUAUCCAUUGCUACCUUCCAGAGGGCACUCAAGGACCCUAACCAGCUGAUCCGAGCGAGCGCCCUGCGUGUGCUGUCCAGCAUCCGUGUGCCCGUCAUCGUCCCCAUCAUGAUGCUGGCACUGAAGGACUCCGUGGUCGACAUGUCGCCCUAUGUCAGGAAAACCGCCGCGCACGCCAUCCCCAAGCUCUAUAGCCUUGACCCUGAGCAGAAGGAUCAGCUGAUUCAGGUCAUCGAGAAGCUCCUGGCAGACAAAACAACGCUUGUAGUGGGCAGUGCAGUGAUGGCGUUUGAGGAGUUGUGUCCAGACCGGGUCGACCUCAUUCACAAGAACUACCGCAAACUGUGCAACCUCCUGGUGGACGUGGAGGAGUGGGGACAGGUGGUCAUCAUCAACAUGCUGACCAGAUAUGCUCGCACGCAGUUCCUGGACCCUAACCAACAGGACGUGGUGGCUGAUGAUGAUAAGAACUUCUACGGUGAUGAGGAUGAGAAGGACAGUGAGGAGGAGGAAGAGGAUGAGGAGAAGGAGAAGACUCCUCCCAAGAAACCUUACAUGAUGGACCCUGACCACAGACUCCUACUGAGGAACACCAAACCUCUUCUGCAGAGCAGAAACGCUGCUGUUGUGAUGGCAGUAGCCCAGCUGUAUCACCACAUUGCACCCAAGAGUGAGGUAGGACUGGUGGCCAAGGCUCUGGUCAGACUGCUCAGGAGUCACAGAGAGAUCCAGCACGUGGUCCUCAGUAAUGUCGCCACCCUGACAACCAUCCGGAAGGUAAGGGGAAUGUUUGAGCCGUACCUGAAGAGCUUCUUUGUGCGACCCAGCGACCCCAUCCACGUCAGGACGCUGAAGCUGGAAAUUCUCACCAACCUGGCCACAGAAACCAGCAUCUCGACCAUCCUCAGAGAGUUUCAGACGUAUGUGACCAGCUCAGACAAGGAUUUUGUGGCGGCGACCAUCCAGGCGAUUGGGCGAUGUGCCAGCUCCAUCUCAGAGGUGACGGAGACAUGUCUGAAUGGGCUGGUGGGCCUGCUGUCCAACAGGAAUGAGUAUGUAGUAGCUGAGAGUGUGGUCGUCAUUAAGAAGCUGCUCCAGAUGCAGCCAGACUCCCACUCUGAGAUCAUCCAGCACAUGGCCAAACUGGCAGACACCAUCACGGUGCCAAUGGCCCGAGCCAGUAUCCUGUGGAUGGUAGGAGAGUACUCGGAUCGUGUCCCCAAGAUCGCACCCGAUCUCCUGAGGAAGAUGGCCAAGAACUUCAUCAAUGAGGAGGACAUCGUCAAGCUGCAGAUCCUCAACUUGGCAGCCAAACUCUGCAUCACCAACCCUAAACAGACCAAGCUGUUAUGUCAGUAUGUGCUGAACCUGGCAAAGUACGACCAGAACUAUGACAUCCGGGAUCGGGCGCGGUUUAUACGCCAGCUCGUGUCUCCUGCGGGCGAGAAGGGAGCGCUCGGGAAACACGCCAAGAAGAUCUUCCUCGCCUCGAAACCUGCCCCGGUGUUGGACUCUUCAUUCAAAGAUCGUGACCAAUGGCAGCUGGGCUCCCUGUCACACAUGAUCAACCAGCGGGCCAGCGGCUACUCCCCCCUCCCAGACUUCCCCGCCACGGCGCCGGACCCCACCGUGAGAAAUGUGGAGGUGAAUCCUUGGCAGCAAGUGCCCAUGCCAUGGGCUGAGAAGACCCAUAAGAAGAAAGCAGGCAAGCCCAAGAAGGAAGCCUUCUACUCUGACGAGGAGGAAGAAUCAGAAUCUGAGUCGGACAGUGAGGAGUCCAGCAGCUCCAGCAGUGAGAGUGGGAGUGAAAGUGAAAGUGAGGAUGAUAGCAAGAGUGAGAGUGGUAGCGAUAAGGAGGAGAAGAAAUCCGAUGAGGAAGCAGAGAGCAGCAGCAGCAGUAGUAGUGAGUCAGAGAGCUCCUCAGAAAGUGACUCUGACAGCGACAGUGAAAGUGAACCUGACACCAAACCUCAGAAAAAGACCCCACCGCCUAAAAGUAAGUCAUCAGCAAAACCCAAGAAGGAGGCCAAACAGGAAGUCAGUCUGCUGGACCUGGAGGACAUCGACAUGUCCAGUACAUCUGCACCUGUCCCAACCCCAGCCUCAGCACUGGACGUCCUGAGUCCAUCUCUGGCCAGUGACCUUCAGGGACUGUCUAUUAACGAUAAGAAGGACACAGCUAUCAGUGUGACCACUCCGAUGUUUGUAUCCACGACGUCACACGAGCUGCUGCACAGAAUGACAGGAGAAGGUCUGGCGGCCAACUACAGAUUUACCCGGGGCACGUGCAUCUACUCCACAUCCAUGGUUCCCGUGGAGCUCACCUUCACCAACCACACCGACUCACCAGUCAGCAACAUCAGAAUAGGGGAGAAGAAAUUGCAGGCUGGGAUGACGUUACAAGAGUUUCCGGAGAUCCCGACCCUGCCUGGUGGGGGGUCCAUGUCUGUGUCUAUAGGGAUUGACUUCAAGGAUACCAUACAGCCCGCAAACUUCCAGAUAUGCACCCAGGACCGCAAGUACAAUGUGAGCAUCAAACCACCAGUAGGAGAACUGUUACAGGCUGUCACCAUGUCCGAGGCUGACUUCACAGCACAGCAAAGUAAGCUAACUGGUAUGAAUGAAAACUCGGGCAAGGCCAGCAUCCCGUCCCAGCACAACAACUCCAAAACCAUCACCUCCCGCAUCUCCGAGCUCGCCAACGUCGCGCCAGUCUUCUCCAGCCAGGACGGGCUCUACAGAUUCGCAGGGAAGACGGUCAGCGGUGGGACAUUGCUGCUCGUUACGGUCAAGGUGGGCGAGGACAACUCUGCUAGCAUUACCGUCAACUGCGAAAAAAUGGCCAUCUGUUCCAUGUUAGUUAAGGAGGUCAAACAGAAGUUGUCGCAGGCGUGACGAAUGGUCACCCCGUAGAUCGCGAUGUUAUUUCAGAGUCUUGCUGCAGAUUAGUAUAUUCUUGUUCUUCUUAUAAAGUCAAAAUUGUUCGCAGCAAUAUUUUAAUUGUAAAGAUAUUGAGGAAGAUGUGGCACUGGUUUAAGUGGGGAAUUUGGGGAGAUAUCUUAAAGUAGUCUGCAAUGCACAGUCCUGUACACAUACAUUAUGCCUACUUUACCUUUGCCUACAUGUACGUCUGGUUGGCAGAGGUUUUUUUUUGUGUUUUUGAGGCAAAAAUUAAUUUUGUUCAGACCAGCAGUUCUGUUAAAACACCAGUAUUACAGUUGUGCAACAGGCAGACACCUCAUUAUUUAAUAAUAUUAUCCAAGUUUGGCCUUACAAAAAUGUUCAUUAGAAAUGUCACAACUUACAUGUAAUUCUGGUGAGACUUCUCUAGACAUUAGAUAGCGCUUGCAUAUUGUUGAUGUCAAUGGGACGAUGGUACUAAAUGAUGUAUAAUUAUAAACUAUUAAUGAUAUGCUACGGUGCAUACCAACAUAUCUAACCAGGAGAAGUAGUUCUUGUGUUUUAAAAAACCUGCACAAUUCUCAAACUUUCUCUGUCACACACCAGCCAGGUUGGUCAAGAAGUUAAAAAUAUUCUAGUAACAUACCAGGUGGCUGCAAGACCACUAACUGAAUUACCCUUUUCAAUGACAACUUAAUAUAUACUGUGAUAGUAAAAUGAGCAAUGUCUGUGCAACAGUACUGUUGUUUACUUGGAAAAUAACAAAAACAGCAUUCCACUGGAAUAUGCCACUUGGCAUACUGGUUCCUUCUUCAGAGAAGCAAACUUUAAUUAUUAUAAAGAACAGACUUACAACAUAAGUUACAAAACCUGUGGCAUCUGUAUGUAUCUGUAAGUAUGGUUGGGCUUAUUCAAAACUAACUCUACAGCCAGAAGACAAUCUCAGCAAUUUGAACUUUUUGCAACAUUUUACCAAAAUCAAUAAUGAGAUCAGAAUCUAAGGACUAAUGUUUUCUCCAUGGGCAUAUCAAAGACAGUAUUUGAGUAAACAAAUCUUCAUAGUAAGUUGUUCAUGCUAAUUCUGUUCUGUCAGUUAGUGUUGAAAUAUGUUAUCAGAAUGGAGACAUUAAGAGAGAGAAAAUGUUAUUUAGGUAGUUAUAAUCAAAAAUGUGUCAGUUCUGUUAUUGUGGUCAAUAAAACUAUUAUGUUCAGUUAGAGAGGGAGAGGUAAAGAUGUGGAUGUGGACGGGUUUAUGUGUAAUAGAUGGUCAUUUUGUCAUAAUUUUGCAACAAAAUGUGUUAUCAACAAAAUAAUGUGUUAUUUGAUAAUGAUAGGUAAUUGUGAUUGAGGCACAAAUUACAACGGUCUUCUUGA